CGUGAGAAUCAUGACGUAAAUCGUAUACACUUUAUACUUUGUUCUGUAUUAAUGAUGAGUCAAAUUCAGUUGAUCGAUAUUGUACAAGAAGUGUGAUUGCUGUAGCAACAUUAAGGCAACAUUUUCUAAAAUAUUAAAAAAAAAAAACUCCACGAAAACUACCAAGAUGUCUCUGUAUCCAUCACUUGAAGAUAUGAAAGUCGACCAGAUGGCUCAGGCUCAGGUGGACUAUCGACAACAUGUGGCAAACACUGUUACUGCAGGUUUCCAGCCACCCAACAGCAGCCAUGUUCCAUCAUCCGAGGGCAGUGUUGGACUGUACCCAUCCCUUGAUGAGUACAUGGGAUUGUGCUUAACCCCAGAAAGUAUUGCUGCCAAUAUGCCUGUGCUAGCACAAUCUCCACAGACUGUUGCUGUGCCUUCCAGUGCUGGAACCAUGGUUGCUCCAGUGACUGGUCAGACUAAUCUAGGCCUAGCAAGAGCAGAAGUUAAACAAGGCAUCCGAGAAAUUGUUGUCUGUAAGGAUUCUAAAGGAAAGAUUGGAAUGAGAGUACAAGCAGUUAGCAAGGGAAUCUUUGUAGCAUUUGUGCUAUCAGGUUCACCUGCUGCUAUGGGUGGCUUGAGGUUUGGUGACCAAAUUCUACAGAUCAACGGUACAAAUGUCGCAGGCUGGAGUAGGGACAAGACGAUGGAUGUUCUAAAGAAGGCCGAUGCUAAGCGAAUCACCUUUGCUGUUAGGGAUCGACCAUUUGAACGGACCAUUACUCUGCAGAAAGACAGCGCUGGUUAUGUUGGCUUUGUAUUCAAGAAUGGGAAGAUCACUGCCAUUGCAAAGGAUACAUCAGCAGCUAGGAACGGUCUGUUGAUCGACCAUGCUCUGCUUGAGGUCAACGGCCAGAAUGUCAUUGGACUUAAGGAUAAGGAAAUAUCGGAAAUUUUGCAUGCUUCUCCCAAAACCGUCACUAUCACCAUCAUGCCAAACUUUGUGUUCGAUCACAUGAUGAAGAGCAUGUCAAGCAGUCUUGUCAAGAAGUCGAUGGAUCACUCCAUUCCUGAUGUUUAAAUUGUGCGAGAUAUUCCACUGUGAGAACGCUUCAUGAUAAUAUCAUGAUAACUAAUCUCGCGGUUGACAGGAUGACAUUUUUAACCUAAAAUAGGAAGACUUAACUUACUACCAUAUACUAUAGUCUUGUAGCUUCUGCCUCAUUUUCAACCUAUCAUUUAAUUUCUUCCUUACACAUGAUAGUGAAUGUUUUAACACCUAUAAAUAAUGUCAAUCUUAUAUUUUAAAAUUUACUUGUACUGUAGUCACCUACUAAAAUUGCGUCCUAAUCAUUUUCUAUGGAAAAUGAUAAAAUUUACUUGUACUGUAGCAACCUACUAGGAUUCUGUCCUAAUCGUAUUCUAUGGAAAUUGAUAAAAUAUGUCUUACCGGUACCUCAAAAUGAUUCACAUGGCAAAUUCAAAAGAAUUUAUAUAGCAUAUUUGAAUAGAUCACAUUACAUAACUUAAAUUGGUCUUUGAAUAGCUUUUUAAGAAUAAAUACAAGUUAUAGUACUGGAAGAAUAUCAACUCAAAAUGAUUAUCAUAAAAUAUAAGUAUCAAAUUAUGCAAAAACAUAAAAGGUUUGACUUUGACCUGUUUUGGUGAUUAUCUCAAUAUGAUCUCACCAACGAUGCGUCUCAUUUCGUGGCGAGACCUCACAACUUGUUAAUAUAAUCAGAUAUUCUAAUCUAUAUAUGUAAAGAUCAAAUUAUACUUGAUGACAGGUGUAUAAUGUCCUGUUUUUUUUGUUUUUUUUCUCUCUGUAUGUUUAGAUGUCAAACUUUGUAACUCUUGUAUGGAAUUUAUCAACUACUUAGAAAUCCCUGCCUGAAAAAUAAUGAUGUAGUGUUGCAUUGUUUGUGGCAAUAAUUAAGGGAUGCCGAGGCCCUAUAAUUCUCUGUCUAGAUUAUCAAAUUUACUUUGAAAAAAAAAACUGCCAUUAUACAUUCAUGAUGUGGCUAUAUAUAUGGUCAUGAUGUGAUGUCAUCAUGACCAUAUUUAGCCAUGUCACAUGUUUUUGUGAGAUAAAGUUUGAUAUUCUGGACAGGGCUCAAUUGUACUUUCUUUCCCUUUAGUGCAGUGCAGUUAUUUGUGUAUUCCUUCUGAGCCUGAAGAAAUAUCAGAAAAAUCCAAAUUCAGCACAUUCUUAUUAACUGAAUUAUAUCCUUUGUUGCUAGUCCAGAACAAUCAAAUCUUCUACUUUAUUUAUAACUAUAUAUUAUGCAUUCCAUUUGGGACAUUUUUGGAAAAUUGUGUCAAUAAUGUAUCGGGAAAGCACUCAAAACCUUUUUAAUGUUAAUAUUUUAUUAUACUGUAGUGUUAAAAAAAUUGUGUAUUUUGCAUAAAUGUUUAUAUUCCAAAAGCAUUAUCAUAAAACCAGUUAUAUGUUUGGUAGCUAAGAAAAUAAUUUUGGGAUAGAAUUGGGGUUGGGGGAUAAAAGAAGUAUAUAGAAAAAUACUUUUAUUUUAUGUAUAAGCAAUCUGAAGAAAAUAUGUUGAUAUUGUAUGUAGUUUUUUACCAUUAAGUGUGUUGGAUCUGAGAGAUAAGCUUGAGUUGUAAAUGUAGUUUACCAUUUUAAUUAUUUUAUAUGCUAAAAAGAAACAAGCUGUAGUUUAGCUUUAAAUGAACUAAAUAAUAAUAUUAUCAAUAAUAUAAUUCCUAUAUUACAUAAUCUGUAAUUAUUUUUUUUUUCUGAUAUAUUUUUUAAAACACUAGUUGUUCAAUACUUGUAAUCUCUGGUUCCAAAUAAAAAUGACAACCAAAGAAUAUUAAA